AGUGCGAACACUUGCGAUCUAGAAAAAUCUACUAAUCGAAAAUGGCUCGUGUCGCUGUCGUUCUUCUUAUUCUUGCUGUCGCUUGUAUCUGCAUUAGCCACGUAAAUGCAAGCUGCCCGCCUAAUCAGAAAUACGAUUCGUGUGGACCAUCUUGCGUAGGCCACUGUGGAAAGCCCAUCAAUAACUGCAUCCAGAAAUGUGUCGCAGGCUGCCAUUGCGUCGAGGGAUACGUCAAGAACGCCCAGGGCCACUGUGUGUUGCCUAAAGACUGUAAACAUUAGCUGUAUGUAUUUGUUAAGGAAAUUGCUUAUUUUAAAAAUGCUAACCUUCCAAGCGAAAAAUAAAUAGCAUAGCUGCAUCUGUAAAUUUGAAUCUGUUCUCUGAAACCUACUCUAUUCUAUUGUACUCACAUCUUCCUUAUCGUUGUUAAAGAUUAU